CAAACAUGGACGACGUGAGUUUUGAAUCUGACAUCUCAGAUGAUAAAUUCGAGUCUCCUGUGUUGUCAGAGGGUUCACAAGACGUGUCUUAUAUCCCAGUAAGGGUGCUAGGGCGAGGUGCAUUUGGGCAAGCCGUGCUUUACAGAAAAACAGAGGAUAACACCUUAGUUGUAUGGAAAAAAGUAGAUUUAACCAGGCUUUCAGAGAAGGAGAGGAGAGACUCUCAGAAUGAAAUUGACAUUCUUUCCCUCCUCAAUCAUGCUAAUAUUGUCACAUAUUACAACCACUUUUUGGAUGGAGAGACUCUGCUUAUUGAAAUGGAAUAUGCUAAUGGUGGAAAUUUAUAUGAGAAGAUAUUGCAACAGAAGGAUCUAUUUCCAGAAGAAUCUGUGAUAUGGUACUUUUUCCAGUUGGUUUCUGCUGUGGUGCACACACAUGAAUACGGUAUUUUACAUAGGGAUAUCAAGACCUUGAAUAUUUUUCUUACAAAGUCAGGACUAGUCAAAUUGGGUGAUUUUGGAAUCUCAAAGGUCAUGGAUAGCAAAACAGAAAUGGCAGAUUCAUAUGUUGGUACACCAUAUUACAUGUCCCCAGAAUUGAUCCAAGGAGAUCAGUAUAACAUGAAGAGUGACAUCUGGGCUGUGGGUUGUGUGCUGUAUGAGCUGCUUACUCUCACUAAGACAUUUGAUGCUACUAACCCUUUAAAAUUAGCUUCCCAGAUAGUGAGGGGCGGGUUUGCAGAUAUUGAUCCUAUGUAUUCAGAGGAAAUCAGGACACUGAUGCAUGACUUACUAAACAAAGAUCCAGUGCAAAGACCAUGGGCUGAAGACAUCUUGAAAUACCCUGCUAUGGCAGUAAGGGGGAGUGAAAUAGAACAGCAUGUCCACAAAUUGAACUCAGCAACCAGAAGGGCUCGGGAGUUUGCACAUUCACUUUCAGAAUACACCAUUCCAACCAUCACUUCAAAAUCUAGUGAGGUCUAUUUCUGGGGAGGGGGAAAAGUUACACCACAAAGACUGGAGGUUUUCAAAGAGGGUAAAAGUGCAAUACAGGUUGCUGCAGGGCAUGCACACUUUGCUGUGGUCACAGUGGAAAAGGAACUCUUUACUUGGGGAAAUGCCCAGGGAGGCAGUGGCAUGGUGGGUCAGCUGGGCCAUGGGGAUACAGCAGCCUAUAAGGCACCAAAGAAAGUGGACGCCAUGGAAGGCAUCAGUGUAAAACAAGUGUCAUGUGGGGAAGAGUUUACUGCAUGUGUGACAGAUGAGGGUGUUGUCUAUGCCUUUGGUUCAGACUACUAUGGCUGCCUAGGAUGUGAGGGACAAGAAGGAGAUGAAGCACACUUCCCAGUUACCAUUGAUUUCUUUCACUCCAAACCUGUGGAGCAAAUCUCAUGCGGAGAUGCACAUGUUGUGGCAUUAACAAAAGAGGGAGAAGUUUACACCUGGGGCUGUGGGGAAUUUGGAAGACUUGGUCUUGGAUCAGAAGAUGAUCACAAUUUACCACAAAAGUAUGUUGGUACACCAUAUUACAUGUCCCCAGAAUUGAUCCAAGGAGAUCAGUAUAACAUGAAGAGUGACAUCUGGGCUGUGGGUUGUGUGCUGUAUGAGCUGCUUACUCUCACUAAGACAUUUGAUGCUACUAACCCUUUAAAAUUAGCUUCCCAGAUAGUGAGGGGCGGGUUUGCAGAUAUUAAUCCUAUGUAUUCAGAGGAAAUCAGGACACUGAUGCAUGACUUACUAAACAAAGAUCCAGUGCAAAGACCAUGGGCUGAAGACAUCUUGAAAUACCCUGCUAUGGCAGUAAGGGGGAGUGAAAUAGAACAGCAUGUCCACAAAUUGAACUCAGCAACCAGAAGGGCUCGGGAGUUUGCACAUUCACUUUCAGAAUACACCAUUCCAACCAUCACUUCAAAAUCUAGUGAGGUCUAUUUCUGGGGAGGGGGAAAAGUUACACCACAAAGACUGGAGGUUUUCAAAGAGGGUAAAAGUGCAAUACAGGUUGCUGCAGGGCAUGCACACUUUGCUGUGGUCACAGUGGAAAAGGAACUCUUUACUUGGGGAAAUGCCCAGGGAGGCAGUGGCAUGGUGGGUCAGCUGGGCCAUGGGGAUACAGCAGCCUAUAAGGCACCAAAGAAAGUGGACUUCAUGGAAGGCAUCAGUGUAAAACAAGUGUCAUGUGGGGAAGAGUUUACUGCAUGUGUGACAGAUGAGGGUGUUGUCUAUGCCUUUGGUUCAGACUACUAUGGCUGCCUAGGAUGUGAGGGACAAGAAGGAGAUGAAGCACACUUCCCGAUUACCAUUGAUUUCUUUCACUCCAAACCUGUGGAGCAAAUCUCAUGCGGAGAUGCACAUGUUGUGGCAUUGACAAAAGAGGGAGAAGUUUACACAUGGGGCUGUGGGGAAUAUGGAAGACUUGGUCUUGGAUCAGAAGAUGAUCACAAUUUACCGCAAAAGGUCACCACUCGAGGCAAGCACUCGGUUCGCAGUGUUCUGGCUGGAUCAGAUGGCACUUUUUUGCUCACCCAUGAUGGCAGGGUCCUGGCUGCUGGGAGUAAUGAAGAAAACAAACUGGGCUUUAAUAGUUCAGCUGCAGGCCUUAGGAAGAAACAGAUCUCCUAUGAUAUCCCCUGUAAAUAUAAGUUCACCACAGUGAAGCCAUUAGUCAGGUUCCAUGUGGUCAGUUUGUCUGCAGGACGGACACAUUCAGCUGUGAUAGACUUAUAUGGUCACCUUAUCACCUUUGGUGCCAACAAGUAUGGUCAGUUAGGCCUAGGGGACUAUAAACCCAGGCCUAAUGGUGUCAGUGUGAUCUCUAAUGUGCUGGCAGGGAAGAGAGUUGAGAGGGUGGCCUGCGGAGAUGGAUUUACUGUGGUAGCGACGAGUUCAGACAAUCAGAUUUACUCCUGGGGUAAUGGAGAGAAUGGCCGUCUGGGGUCCGUGAGUGAUACAGCCAAAGGUGGACCCAAUGGUCAGUGUGUGGCCAUUCCCAGGCCAGUAUUUGGUGCUCUCCAUGUGGUGCCAGACAUGUCCUGUAGGAAAUGGCAUACUAUAAUAAUAGCAGAGAAAGUAUUACACCAGAAGACCAUCAAGUCUCCAAACAGCAGUGGAUCUGGAGGAAACUUGCAAGCUCAAACAGAAGCCAGCCAAUGUGAUAGUGUUUUUAACAGCAGUUUUGCUGAGUCAGAGGAAGAUGAAUCCCCACGCCACAAAAGUUACGACUCUGGUGUGGCACAGUCAAAGAGAGUAGAGGACUCAGUGCCAGAUUGGCUCAAAGCAGAACUGGAAGAUGCAGAGUUUAUACCUGUGGAUGGUAAAAGUCCUCCUGUGGUUCCAAAGUUAAACUUGUCUCAGUCUGUCAUAAAAAGUGAAACAGGAGCAGAAAAAGAAAUAACUGAAUCCAACAUGGGCAAUAACAGCCGCCAUAGUACAGACUCCUUUGCUGAACUGCACCAAAGAAUAGAAGCAUUGGAAGAAGAAAAUAAAAUGUUGAAAGAAACAGUACAGAAGCAACAAGAAAAAAUCCAGAUUCUAGAAGAGAAGGAAUCUUCACAGCUAGAAAUGCAAGAAGAAAUAUGGUCCCUCAUCAGCAGGUGGCAGUCAGAAGUGAAACCUGAGGUGAUGGCAGAUAAUGAUAGCAAUAAUAACAAUAAUGGCAAAAGUGACGUUGGAAAAUAUAGAGAUGGACCAGAUUUGGUCUAAUGCAGAGUCAUUUUUCUUGCUUCUGCCUGAUAUCCAGUGUCAGCUAGGCAUGAAAAUGGCAGAAGCUGUUUCUUUGCCAUUUUAAACCAGUGAGCAUGAGUAGUAGCGUGCUAACAAGGUAUUUUUUUGGAAACUAUUUGUCAUUUUAUUCUAGAAAUAAACUGGGAGAGCAGCUUUUAAGCUUUGUUUAACAAUUACAGCAAAAAACCAGGAAGUGAAAUCAGUUUAUAGUAUAUAAUCAUUUAAAUUUUGUAUUUACUUUGAAAUUUUACACAUAUUUGUACAUGAAUUUUUUACUUUGUAUACCAUGACAUUUAUUUUUGUUGUGAUAUAUUAUAUUGUAUUGGAGCAGUUAAUUAACACUUUCAGCGUAUGAUGAAUUUAAGGCAAGCAAUAUCAAAUUUAAUUUAUUUGUCUUACUGGUAUUUUAUUGGGUGAGCUUUUUCAAAACUGGCAAUCUUCAUCCCUACCAAAGAUAAGGUACCAGCUACAUAUCUGCUGUUUUCUCAUUUGUUUUAAAAUCAAAAUUUCUCAUCAAUAUUUUUUUAAAAUUAUAUGCAAACAAAUAUAAAUUAUUUU